ACCAAAUAGAAAAACAGUAGUACAACAUUAAUUAUGGGAUUACCUCUUUCUCUCUUCAUUUUCAUGCGCUUCCCUAUCGUGCUUUCAUUGUUGCAUCUUGUACUCACCCAUUCUUCUUCUUUUAUGCAACCCCGGUGCCAUCACGAUGACAGCUCUGCCUUGUUGCAAUUCAAGGAAAGCCUUGUCAUAGACAAGUCUCCUUAUUGUGAAAAAAAGGUUGCGUCUUGGACAGUAGAAGGAAACAAAAGUGAUUGCUGCUCAUGGGAUGGGGUGGAGUGCGAUGAACACACUGGUCAUGUAAUUGGCCUCAACCUCAGUAGCAGCUGUCUAUUUGGUUCUAUUAACUCCAACAGUAGCCUUUUUCGCCUUGUUCACCUCCAAAGCCUUAGCCUUGCCGACAAUGACUUUAACGGCUCUCAUAUCCCAUCCCAGGUACGUGAUCUUUCAAGGCUAAUAGAUCUCGAUCUCCAUUUGUCUAAUUUUUCUGGUCAAAUCCCGUCAGAAAUUUCACAAUUGUUGCACUUGUCAUCCCUCGAUUUGUCUAAUAACUUUGAUUUGGAACUCAAAAAGCCCAGCUUAAAAAGCCUAGUUGGAAAUAUGACCCGCCUACAAAAGCUUGAUUUGAGUUAUGUGAACAUUAGCUCUACGGUGCCUAAUAUUUUUGCAAAUUUGUCUUCUUUAACGCACCUCGGUCUCAGCAGAUGUGGUUUUUCUGGUCAAAUCCCGUCAGAAAUUUCACAAUUGUCACACUUGUCAUCCCUCGACCUGUCCUACAAUUAUAUGUACGCUUUUGACCACUACAUCACUUUGGAACUCAAAGAGCCCAUCCUCAGAAGCCUAGUUGCAAAUUUGACCAGCCUACAAAAGCUUGAUUUGAGUUAUGUGAACAUUAGCUCUACGAUGCCUAAUAUUUUGGCAAAUUUGUCUUCUUUAACAUCCCUCACUCUUUCGGAUUGUGGUUUGCACGGGGAAUUUCCAAAAGACAUCUUUAAGCUAUCAAAGUUACGGCAUCUUUAUGUGGGAUACAAUGAAGGCCUCACCAAUUAUUUGCCUGACUUUACAUGGAGUAGUCCGCUUGAGACAUUGAAUCUGGACUACACGAGUUUCUCAGGGGAGCUACCCGCUUCUAUAGAAAACCUUGGCAACCUGAUUGAGUUGAGCAUGAUUAAUUGCAAUUUCUCGGGGUUCAUUCCAUCUUCACUUGGUAACCUCACUAAACUCACAUAUCUUGACCUUUACAAUAACACUUUUGUGGGCAAUAUUCCGCAUUCACUUGGAAACCUUGUUCAACUAUCUUCUUUAGACAUUUCUUACAAUCAAUUGACAGGUCCAGUCCCUUUAAUUCUUGGAAACCUUGUUCAACUAUUUGAAUUACACAUUUCCCACAAUCAAUUGACAGGUCCAGUCCCUUUUGAGGUUUUAAACUUACCACAACUGUUGUUUGUUGAUCUUAGCUAUAAUCUUUUGCACGGUGAAAUGCAUUUUGAGCUUAUGAAUGGAACCCGAUUGGUCUUCCUUAAACUGAACAACAAUCGGUUAAGUGGGCCCAUACUUACUUUUGGGCCUACAACUCUACAAUAUCUUGAUCUUUCUAACAAUUUUUUCACAAGCUUUGGUCAACAUCCAACUUUUGUUCCAUGGACUCAUCUACAAGUUCUUGAUCUCAGAUCCAAUUCACUCCAAGGAUCACUUCCUAUUCUGCCAAUCAAUACUUCACAUUUUUAUAUUUCAAACAACUCAUUGACCGGAAAUAUACCAAAAUUGUUUUGCAAUCUGAGUUCUCUUGAAGUCCUUGAUUUGGCUAGUAACAACUUAAGUGGUUCACUUCCUCGAUGCUCGGGCAACUUCGGUGAUUCUCUAUUAUUACUUGAUUUGCAAAGGAACCAAUUUGAAGGAAGCAUUCCAAAAAAUUGGAUAAAAGGAGGCCAAUUGAAGAUAAUCAAGUUUAGUCAAAACAAAUUUCAAGGGCGUUUGCCAAGAUCGCUGAUUAAGUGUACGAUGCUAAAGGUCCUUGAUCUUAGUGAUAACCAAUUCGAUGGUAGAUUUCCAUUUUGGUUGGGAUAUCUUCCAAAUUUAGAGGUCCUCAUUUUACGGUCAAAUAAAUUCAACGGUUCAAUGGGGACAGUUCAAACUUAUUUUAAGUUUCCCAAAAUGCAAAUCUUUGACAUCUCCAACAAUGAUUUUAUGGGAAUGCUACCAUUAAGGCUUUUUGAGAAUUGGAAGGCUAGACAAUUUGAGAAUGUGGAUUCGUUACCAUAUAUUUAUGAAGACCCAUACUUCAUAUUACACACGGGUGAUGCGUAUUACCAAUAUUCUUAUAUUUAUACUUACUCCAUGAUUUUGGCAAACAAAGGCAAGAAUAUGUUCUACGAGAAGGUCUUUAAAUUGUUAAUGGUCAUUGACUUCUCAAGCAACAAAUUUGUCGGUGAAAUUCCAAAAUUUAUUGAAAAUUUAAAGGGAAUUCAGUUGCUCAAUCUUUCUAAUAACUGUCUUACCGGUCACAUCCCACCAUCUUUAGGGAAUCUUAUAGAGUUGGAAGCGUUGGAUCUUUCUCAAAACAAGUUGUCAGGAGAUAUUCCACAACAGCUAACACAGCUUACUUUCUUAGAAUUCUUCAAUGUUUCUCAUAAUAAUCUCACGGGACCUAUACCACAAGGGAAACAAUUUGGUACAUUUGAGAACAAUUCAUUUGAAGGGAAUCUAGGGUUGUGUGGGAAACCAUUGACAAAGACAUGCGGGAAUUCUGAUGAGCCGACUUCUCACCCUUCAAUCUUUGAAGAAAGUCAAAAUUCUGAAAUACUAUUUGAAUUUGGUUGGAAAAUAGUUGUCAUUGGAUAUGGAUUUGGAUUUGUUGUUGGAGUAAUAAUUGGGUCUAUUGUGAUCGCAAGAAAGCAUGAUUGGUUAAUGAAGACCUUCCGAAUAAGGCCAUUGAGUAGAAGGAGACGUUGAAAUUAAAUAGAACAUUCUGGACAUGAUGCCUUCCCAAAGCAAUAUGUUUAUUAUUGUACCCGUGUGUUUUUUUAAUUAUAAUCUUGUUUUUCUGUUUGUAAUGUGUUUCUUUUUGUUUUCAUUAUUGUUUUUUGUAUUUUGGAUUAGCGUAGCAUUACAAUGUUGUAUGUAAAAUGCUUUGGUAAGAUCUUUUAUAUAAAUGCUCUUUCUAUAUUGUUUUUGCAAGUUAAUAAUGGUCGGAAAAUCAUUUUUA